AUGGCGGCCAGGAAGGCGUGGCUCGAAGGUUUGUUCCGCCGUCGUUUGGACCUUGGAGCUGUGCGCUUGGAGCCACCCGUGUUCGGCGGCCCGCCCCGAUCCUCCGGCGCGAGAUCCUCCCAGGCGAGCGAGGAGACGCGGGGCAAGCCGCGGCGAACCCAAGCGGCCCAAGCUCUGCUCCCAGAGCAAGUCCUCGAGAAGAUGCCCUGGCGGCUUCUGCGGAUCAGCAUUGCCGUCGCCCAGCAGCAGCUGCUGCGCUGGCGCGAGGUGAUGGAAGAGCUGGAGCUGGAGAGGCCCGAGGGCCACGGCAAGGAAGCGCUCACCUCCUACCGCUGGCUCACCACCCUCCGGCACUAUAUGCGCUCCAAGCAGGGCAGCGGCGCUCCGGAGUCCUAUGUGGAUCGAGGCCAGUACGUGCUGUCCAUGGCCGGCUUCGAUCUAGGCCGACGGGGGAGAGGGCGAGGGGAGCACAUUCUUGCGACCGUGAGACAUUUGGCGCUCGGGACGCCGGCGAAGCAGUACCUCCAGGUCGUGGACAGCAGCGCUGAGUUUCUGGAGCUCUCCAGCGACCUGGCGGAUGCGGGAUCUUUAGAUGACGUGUCUGGCUCCCAGGACGCGGAGGAGGGUCAAGUGAACAUGCUGGUGUCUGCGUCGGGCGCCUUGAGCGGGGCGGGCUCGCUUUCGCCGUCCUCCGGGGCCAACGCCACGGAGACGAGGGAGGCUGAGAUCCAGGAUGAUCACAGCGAUUCCCAUGACGAGGCCGCCCCCAAACUGCACCGGAAGCGCGCGGCCCAUUUGGCGCGCAUGGCAGAGGCGCCACUGCCCAAGCCUCACCCGCAGGACUUUUGCCGGGGAGACCAGCUGCCCGGGAAGUGUCCCUUCGAGGAGGACGACGGCUCGGCUGCACCGCAGGGCGAGCCACAGGACCCCUGCGCAGAUGCGCAGGGCUGCACCGGCUACCACAGAUGUUCCCUGCGAGUGACAGGCUUCCGGCAGUGCCAGUACAAGCGCCACUCACGGACGCAGUGCCACACCGGCACGGCUUGCGUGCCGGCUUGCAGCGGUCAGCGUCUGGGUUCAGAUGGGGAGGACUGCUCGCAGCAGGGGGUGACCAACUGCGAGGGGAACUUUGUAGUACGGCAGGGCAUGGGCAUCCAGUGCACCCUCAAGCUGGAAGGCAACCCCUCGGGCGCCGACGUUUGCGAGGAUCGGCACAUCUGCGGUGUGGUGUCAUAG